GCUGAACCACGAUCAGUUUACUAAAAAGUUUCCGACAACUCAGACGGUUGACAACAUCGUUCGAGCACAUUUUUUUAUUUCUUUUUUUAAUUUACAUUUUGGAAACAAAGAAAUUAAAUAAACAUUCACGAAAUUAAACAGUCGGCUCAAUUGAAUUUUAUUAUCAUUUCAAUAUUGAAACGAAAAAAGAACACAAUCAACAUAAAAAAUAACCAAAUAUUUUUUUUGAUUCGGCUAUUCAGUCAUACAUUAUCUGUAAAGGGAAAAAAACGACUCUUAAGUGCACUGUGUAAAAAAAAUAACUUUUUGGAAAGAAAUACAUUUGAAUUCCGCAAAGCAAUAAUCAAUCUAACUGUGUGUGGUUUUCGGUGAUUGCACAUUAUCUGUUUUGCUAUAUUUCUUAUUCAAACGGUAACCAACCUCGUUUGCAAUGUCUACUCACUGGGGCUAUCACUCUCACAACGGACCCGAAAAAUGGCCCGAACUUUUCCCAAUGGCAUCUGGUCACAGACAAUCUCCGGUCAAUAUUCAUCGUGAUGUAACAACUCGCGGUAGUACGUUGAAACAUCCAUUGACUUGGAAAUAUGUUCCCGCAAAUACAAAAAGUUUGAUAAAUCCGGGGUAUAGUUGGCGUGUUGAUGUAAAUGGUGAAGGUUCUGCAUUAAGCGGAGGCCCAUUGUUUACGGACGUUUUUCAAUUGGAACAAUACCAUUGUCAUUGGGGAUGCAGCGAUGGUAAAGGUUCUGAACACACCGUUGAUGGUGUCUCUUAUUCGGGUGAAUUGCAUUUGGUUCAUUGGAACACAACAAAAUAUGCAACAUUUGAUGAAGCUGCUAAGCAUCACGAUGGUUUGGCUGUUUUGGGUGUUUUCUUGAAGAUUGGACGUCAUCACGAAGAAUUGCACAAAAUCACCAAGCUUCUACCAUUCAUUAUGCAUAAAGGCGAUCGCGUUACUUUGAGCGACUCUCCCGAGCCGUGCGAUCCUGGAAAAUUAUUGCCAGAAAGUAAGGCAUUCUGGACAUACUUGGGGUCGUUGACAACUCCACCAUUUUCUGAGUCGGUGAUUUGGAUGGUAAUGAAGGAACCAGUUGAAAUAUCUCACAAGCAAAUUGAAUUGAUGCGUAACUUACGGUGCUAUGAUGUGAACGAUGAGUGUCCAUGUGAUGAAAUGGGCAAAGUUGUUAACAACUAUCGGCCACCAUUGCCAUUGGGCAAUCGAGAAUUGCGUGAAUAUGGACAUCAUUAAAUGUGAUACCGUAUCUUAUUGGUUCGCCUCAGUUUCAGAAGAUGCACACCUAUUUAACACAUAUUUACAUAACAAACUAAAAAAAGCACAUACAAAUUAAAUGAAAAAAAAAAAAGAAAUACACAACAACAUAGAUGAAUAGAGACAGAAUUUUAGAGUUUAGACUAAUACCGUUAAAUGUAGAUUGUUUUGAUGUUGAACAAAAAAGAAACAAAUGCGCAGAUAUUCGUUUGAUUUGAAUUCAAAUUUAUUCCAAUGUUGUGAGCGCUUGAAAUUUGUAAUUCAUUCAAAAACCAGUGUCUACAAUUUAAACACAAAAACCAAAUGCAAUAAGCGGACAAUAUUAUUAUGCGAACCGAUUUCGACAUGUCAAUUGUAAAAUGUUUCGACUUGGAACUUUCAAAGCCGCAUGAAAUCGGGAUUUUUAAAAACGCAGCUAUAUCAUACAUGGCUUCUUUUAUAGAUUUUAGUUUAGAUAGAACGGAAUUCGAGGUAAUAGAGUGAAAUACACUCAGUGAAUUGUGCCUAAAAUGUAUUUUUGAAAUUAUAUUUACUAGACAAAAAAAACUGUGUCAGAAAAACAGCAAAAUAGAUCUGAAAGGAAGCAAAGAAUGUGUAAUGCUUCAAAAUAAUGUAACUGGUUUAAGUUACUAGUUUUUCAAUUUCUGUAAGGAAAUCAGACAAUAGAAUCAAAAAAUUUUCUUUUAUGAAAGAAUUCAAAAUUUUAGUUUUGGUGUUGGUUUCUGGUUGCACGAAACGCACAAUAUCUUUUUUUUUUUGGUGAAUUCCGGGUUGAAUUAUGAAUUAUAGAAAAUUUUCACAGUGUAGAAAAUAAAAUUCUCAAGAAUUUCAAUUGUCUGAUUUUUAUAUUUGAUGCAAUUGGAAUUCGAAUGAAAAAUUAUGCUCUGUUCAAACCGAAAGGUCGGCAGAAGCAAAAAUAAAAUUUCUAAAAAUAUGACAUACAUUUUAGAUUUACAUCUAUUGACAUUUGUGAAAAUAAAAGAAACAAAUAUUUUAUUUUAUUUAG